AUGAUGUAUCUCAUAUUGUUUGUCUUCGGCUUGAUCUUAUACUAUCUCAUUCUCUAUCCCCUCUACCUCUCCCCAUUGGCGAACAUCCCGAGUGCAAAUCCACUGGCACCUCUGACCAGUCUCUGGAUCCAAUGGCAACGUUUUCACAAUCGAGAAGUCCCGACUUUUGAAGCUGCAUUCCAGAGUAAAGGACCAAUUGUUCGGAUUGGCCCUAAUGAAGUUGCAUUGAACACAAUUGAUGCUGUGAGGACAGUUCAUGGGUAUGGCCCCAAUAACUAUACCAAGCCUGCCUGGUACAGCGUCUUUCAGCAUCUGGACUGUCUCAAUUCCUUCUCAUCUCUGACCAGAGAUCACAACGUCAGACGACACCGCAUCAGCAGCGUUUAUACCAAACCAUUCGUCCAGGGCUCGGAACAUGUCAAGAAUUUGCUCAGUGAGGUUCUUCUGGGACGACUUCUUCCCCUGCUCGACUCUCAUGCUCAAACGGGUCAACCGGUGGAGGUUCUGACGACCGGUUUUGCCUACAGUUUGGAUUUUGUGUCGGCCUGGCUGUUUGGUUUCCCCCAGGGUACAAACUUCCUAGCGGACACUAAAGCCCGCGACCAAUGGCUUGAAAUGUAUGCGAAUGUUUACUCUAGCCCAAUGUACUGGCUUCAGGAGUACCCUAAAGCCGUUUCCUGGCUGUCGAAGAUUGGCAUCCAUAUUGUACCUAAGAGCUACUUCCGAGACUGCCAAAAAUUUGACUCAUGGGUUGUUCCACGAGUACAAGCCUGUGAAAGACGUUUCUCGGAGGCCAAUGUAUGGGAAUCACAAGGUUAUCCUGUCGUCUACGCGCAGCUGAGAUCGGCUAUGGCAUCGGAGCAGGCAUCGAAGUCUGCGGAAAAGUUCUCUCCAUCCGAAAGCCAGAUUCGUGAGCUUGGAAGUGAGUGCUUAGACCACAUGGUGGCUACUCGCGAUACAUUCGGCGUCGUUCUGUCGUAUAUUCUGCUCUAUAUUUCCCGCCACCCAGCCGAACAGAACCGACUGCGUGAGGAGCUGAGAUUAGCCCAACAAAGGGCACAAAAUUCGGGUCAAUCCUUCCUCUCCGCGACUUCUCUUGAGGCUCUUCCUUUUCUAAAUGCCGUCCUCAAAGAAUCUAUCCGUCUCCGCGGCAAUGUUCCCACUUCGAACCCCCGUAUUGUAUCAGCGUCCGCGCCAGUCCAAUUGGGGCCCUACAAAAAUAUUUCGGGGGUUAGAGUGAGUGCCUUGGCCUGGUGUCUGCACCGGAAUGAGGAGAUUUUUCCCGAUGCUGAGAGCUGGGUGCCUGAUCGAUGGAUGGUAAAUCCGUCAACCAAGAUGGACGCCACGGAGCAGGAUAAGUGGUUUUGGGCAUUUGGGAGCGGCAGCCGUCGGUGCCUUGGCCAGAAUUUGGCUAUGGAAGUGUUGCGAUUCACGGUGGCUGCUAUUUACAGCGAAUUCGAAACACACAUCUAUGAUGAGUCCAAAUUUAUCAACGAAGAUAGGUUUGUGACUGGCAAGGGAGGGGAAAGACUGGAUUUAACAUUCAAACGUGUUGCCAGCACUGCAUGA